UUCAGUGUUGAGUGGAUUUGUUGGAGGAAAGACGUCGAGAAAGAAGUUUUGUUUUGGUCUGUGCAGCUGUUCGUCAAUAACAAAGGAAAGGUCGCGAUUACCCAGAUUGAUAGUUUUGCUUUCUUGUGUUCUGGAGGCGAAUUUUUGAUUUCAAGGAGGGGUCUAAAGAACCAAGAUGUCAGACGACAGAAGCAUGAGCGUCAAGGCCUACCUGGAUGUGGGAGGGGGCCGGCAAGAGGUCCGUCGAUUUGGCCUGGCAGAGGGUAUUGCCACAAACUUUACUUGCCUGAAGGAGAAAGUAUGUUCAGUUUUUGGGCUCGGACAGCAGGACGUCACUCUCUCAUGGAAAGAUUGUGAGGGAGAUUUAAUUGUGAUCUCAUCUGAUGAGGAGCUGGUGGAGGCCAUUGCAGAUUCCCUCAGCAAACAGAAGCUGCAACUCUUCAAGGUGUCCGUAACAGUUGGGACACGGCCAGACCUCGGGCUCAACAAUUCCCUCCCAGGAAGCCAACAGGGAGCAGUGCACGAAGGAGUUGUUUGUGAUGGUUGUGAGGGAUCUGUCCGUGGUUUCCGCUAUCGUUGUGUCAGCUGCAGGGACUUUGACCUCUGCGCUGCCUGUGAGUUUAAGGGCAAGCACGCUGAACACCGUAUGAUGCGCAUGCCAAAGCCCGAAUCAAAGGGCGCACCAAAGUUCUGGUGGAAGGAGCACCAUGGUCCUCCUGGCCACUUCUCCACCCACUUUGGCAUGCACACUGAAGCUGACAGUGGGCCAGGCUUCACCAGCACAUCUACUUCAUCAGGAGGCCCAGGGAUGGCUGGGACCUCUGCUGCCUUCAGCGGAGGAUGGGGAGGUGCAGGAGGCCAUGGUGGCCAUGGUGGCCACGGCGGGCAUGGCAACCGCAGAUUCAGAAGGGGCUGUGGCGGUCGAGGACGGGGCUUCUGGAGCUGGUGGGGGGGCAAGGAUGGCAAUCACUGGGGCUGCAGCCAAAGUCAGAGCCAGACAAGCAGUGGGCAGCAGCAGAGCCAGCAGCAAGGAGAGACUCAGAGUAAUAGUCAGCAGCAAAGUCAGAGUCAACAGCAAAAGUCACAGGAGCAGAAUGGGGACAGCAACAACAAAGAUAAGGAGUGUCCUUGGACGAGCACAGCCCCUGGCCCGUGCCCCUUCAUGGACGUAGAGCACGAUGGACCAAACCCACAACAGGUUGCUGAGGAGGCACAACAGAUGGCUGAGGAGGUUGCCCAGCAAGCACACCGCUUUGCUUCUCAGAUGGCCUCUGAACAUGUUGCCAAUGUGAUGCGUGGCAUAUGGACAGCUUGGACUGGGGGUCAGAACAACCCAAUUAACGGCCCACAGACACACACUUUCUCCUCAUCAUCGUCCUCUUCCUCCUCUUCGUCUUCUUCUGCCAGUGCAAGUGGAGACAAUGAGAAAAAAGCUGAGGAUAAGAAUGACACACAGGGAAGUAAGGCACCAGGGGAAGAUUAUCUGAAGAGUGUGGGAGAGACAGUUGCCACCAUCUUGGAUCCCCUAGGAAUUGAUGUUGAAGUUGCUGUGGAGCACAAUGGCAUCCGGCAGAGAUGCAGCCUUGGCAGUGAGAACAUCCCAUCCCGCCAGGGAUCGGCUGCAUCUACCCCUGAAGUUCCAUCAAAGGGUCCCUGCUCAGAGGCUGGGUCUGUGGGCUCAGGAAAGAGCAUUAAUAUUGAGGUGCAGACUGAUGACCAGCCCACAAGCCAGACAAGCAAGAGCACCUCAGCAGGAGCUGAAGAGAUGGAAGUAAGCAGCCCUGCUGGAGAACAGAUGGAGGCUGAACACAAUGCUUCAGAUACAGAAGACUGGACUCUAGUUAAUCAAGAGGCUACACAACCCUCUGCACCAAGUGACAGGAGAGUUGAGUAUCCAAAUCUCACUGAACUUACCCCACAUCAAAAUCCUACAAUCCAGCGUGCUCUUGAACAGAUGCAGUCAAUGGGAUAUAAUAAUGAGGGAGGCUGGUUGACCAAUCUCUUGGAGAUUAAGGGUGGAGACAUUAACCAGGUGCUUGACAUUCUCCAGCCAGUCAACAAAUAAAAAAAAUAAUAAUCAUGAGAGAUGUCAUUGGAGAUAUUGCAUUCUUAGAUUAGUCCCAUGGUUUAGGUUUACAUAUGGUUUGCAUCACAUUAAGAAGAAAAAAAUAAAGUUGGUUUGAAAAGUUUGAACAAGUUAUGGAUAAUAUUUGGAACAGAAUAUCUGUCUUACAUAGUGACUGCUUUAUGUCCGUAGUGGUUAAGAGAAACGGUGUUCACAUCUAUUAUGAUUUUUAAAAUAACCAUUGAAUGAUAGUGUACCUGCUACAUUGAAGUAGUAAUGUCUAGCAUACAGUAUUAGUUUUUUUUUUUUUUUUUUUUUUUAGCAGUUCCUAUAGCAUCCGAGGUAAAUUUUGUUUGAGUCUAUCGAAUGUUAAGGAAGUUGAGAUCCUUAACUAGUAUUUUAAAAAAGAAAUAUUUUGUGUUGUGUUUACAUAUAAUAUUGGAAUAUCAGUGUUCGAUAUAUCAGUGUAUUAUCUUAAAUAUAUAUAUAUUAUACAGUAUAUAUUAUACUCGGCACACCAGUUUGAAUGUAUGACAGGAUACAAGUUGUAGUUGUACAGUCAUGGUACAUAUUCAUCAUGGCUGUGGUGAUAAUGAUUUAACCUAUGAAGUAUAUGGCUUCUAAGUGCAUUAUAGUCUCUUUGAUAGAGGUUAGGCAUGAAUAUAUUACAUGGGAGCAAAGAGGUCAUGAUUCUUAGCACAAUGGUGUUUAGGUUCCCAUGGAUACAGACAUGGUAAUUAUGUGAGUGUAUUGGUUAAUAAAGCAACAUGGAAUUUUGAAUGGGUGUGAAGUAACAAUACCAAUAAAUAUUUUAGAAAGCAAA